AAAUUCCGGCCCGUGACAUGUCAUAAAGCUUGAGAUCUAUUGCUUCUUCGUGCAUCUCUUGCAUUCGACGAGCAGAUACUAUCCCCGCAGAGCAUCCGUUCACCCAGCAAGUUUAUUAAAUCCAAUUUCUUACUUGAAACAUGACCGUCUUCAACGCAUCUCGCCUUCUUGGCAAGACAGUCCUUAUCACGGGAGCAAGUUCUGGUAUCGGAGCGGCUACCGCCCUCUUGUUUGCCAAGGGAGGCUCCAACGUCAUACUUACCGCUCGACGAGCAGAUGCGCUACAGAAAGUUGCAGAUGAAUGCACUGCUGCCCACAAAGCAGCUGGCCUGCAACAUGGCGGCAAAUUCUUCACUAUACAAAUCGACGUUUCGGACAGAAAUCAAAUCAAUGGCCUCCUAGAAAGGAUACCUGUCGAUCUCCGCGAAAUAGACAUCCUCGUCAAUAAUGCUGGAUACGUCGUGGGAGUGGACAGAGUUGGCGACCUGUCUCUGGAUAACGUGGAGGGCAUGUUCGCAACCAAUGUGUUUGGCUUGAUCGCCAUGACCCAGUUGUUCAUCAAGGACUUCAAGAAGAGGAAGACUGGACAUGUUAUUAACCUUGGUUCGAUCGCUGGCAGGGAAGCUUAUGUUGGGGGCAGCAUCUACUGUGCGACAAAACAUGCUGUUAGUGCAUUUACGGGCUCUCUCAUGAAGGAGCUUGUCGACACUCCCAUUCGUGUCACCGAAAUUCAACCAGGUAUGGUGGAGACCGAGUUUUCUCUCAUCCGUUAUAAAGGCGACCACUCCGCAGCAGACAAAGUCUACGAGGGACUUCAGCCUCUGGUGGCUGAGGACAUUGCAGAAGAGAUAGUCUGGGCUGCAUCGCGCCCUCCACAUGUCAAUCUCGCUGAAGUCUUCGUGCUCCCAGUGAACCAAGCCAGUGCCACCCUCAGUUACAGGGCGCCGAAGCUGUAAUAUCCCAGUUCUGAUUUGAUACUCGAAGUCAUUGUAACAUAGACAUUCCCUACAAGCCGAUAGAAGCGAACGACAAUG